UUAGGUAAUUUAUAACAAUAUGCACUCAAUCUUCAAAGAAAUUCACCCACCAACUGUUGUGGAUCAUGCUGUUCGUUGUUACUUUUUUGAUAGCAGAGAAGUCAAUUUAGUAACAGCUGGGGGACAGCGCCUUAAUGUAUACAGAUUAUGUGAUGCAGAUAUGGUGGUUUCUGACGGAGACCAAAGUUCUAAAAUAGUAGAUAGCGUUGGGAAAAGAAGAUUAGAACUUCUAGCUUCCUUUACAUUGUUUGGAAACAUAAUCAACAUGCAAGUUGUUCGACUUGGAAGUAAUGUUCGUGAUUCUUUGCUGUUGGCAUUUAAACAUGCAAAGCUUUCAAUAGUAGAAUUUGAUCCUUUAAGCCAUGACUUAAAAACAGAUUCAAUGCAUUACUUUGAAAAUGAUGAGUUUAAGGGUGGUCUUUCUCAUAAUAUUUAUUUACCAUUAGUAAGAGUUGAUCCUGAGCAAAGAUGUGCAUGCAUGCUUAUUUAUAAUCGACAUUUAGUUGUUCUUCCUUUUAAACAUGAUAUAAAACUUGACGAGUCUGAAGAACUAAGUGAUGGAGAGCAUAUUAAAUCUGUACUUCCAAGUUAUAUGAUUGAUCUUCAUUCACUUGAGCAGCCUCUGUUGAACAUAACUGAGUUGCAAUUUCUUCAUGGGUACCAUCAACCAACAUUGAUGUUUCUUUUUGAACCUGUGCAAACUUCUACUGGGAGAGUUGCUGUUCGCCAAGAUACAUUUUGUGUUUCGGCUAUUUCGUUGAACAUGACAGAAAAAGUGCAUCCAGUUAUUUGGUCAGUUACUAACUUACCAUUUGAUUGCCAUAUGUUACGACCAAUAGAAAAACCAAUUGGUGGCGUGUUGGUGUUUGCAUCAAAUUCUCUUAUAUAUCUAAACCAAAGCAUUCCUCCAUAUGGUGUAUCUCUUAACAGUAUAACUGAAGGAAGUACAAUGUUUCCUUUAAAAAUUCAGGAAGAUGUUGUAAUAACUCUUGCAGAAUCAAGUUGUGAUGCAAUAGCAACUGACCAAUUUAUACUUUCUUUAAAAGGUGGUGAAAUUUAUGUACUGUCAUUGUUAUCUGAUGGGUUAAGAACGGUUCGAAGUUUCCAUUUUGAGAAAGCAGCUGGUAGUGUUCUAGCAUCCUGUGUUUGUUGGAUUGAACAUGGAUUUGUUUUCUUGGGGUCGAGAUUGGGUAACUCUUUGCUUCUUCGUUACACUGAGAAAGAUAGUGCUUCUAUAGCUGAAAAAUCAAAAGAAGCUAAAGUUGAGUUACCACUAUCUCCAAAGCAAAAAAAAAGAAGACUCAGCAUUACUGAUGAAGAUUUACUGCUAUAUGGUGAGUAUGAAGAGCCAACUUUAAGUGUAAUUACCACCUAUACCUUCAAUGUGUGUGAUAGUUUAUUAAAUAUUGGUCCUAUAACAAAAGCUGCGCUUGGUGAACCAGCUUUUCUCUCUGAAGAGUUUUUUGGUUCUCGCCAAAUAGAUCUUGAAAUGGUCUGUUGCUCAGGUUAUGGUAAAAAUGGAACAUUAACAGUUUUACAGAGAAGUAUUCGUCCACAAGUGGUUACAACAUUUGAACUUCCAGGCUGUGUUAAUAUGUGGACAGUAUGUGGAAAGUCAUCUAAGGAAAGUGUUGAGAACUAUCACUCUUACUUAAUAUUGUCUCGGGAUGAUUCUACGAUGGUUUUAAAAACCGGUGCUGAAAUUACUGAACUGGAUAAUUCUGGAUUUAAUGUACAGCAACCAACCAUCUUUGCUUGUAAUCAUUUAUCAAAUAAGUAUAUUUUGCAAGUUUGUCCUCAGAGUAUUCACCUCUUAGAAGAUACUGUGCAGAUCAACUCAAUCUUGUUACAAGAUACAAUAAAAAUUACUCAGUGUUCUAUAUCUGAUCCUUAUGUGGUAAUGGUUGAUUCAACUGGCCAACUAAUAUAUUUGCAAGUUAUUGAAGAUUCUGAAGGAGUGCAAUUAAAAAUGAACAAUAUUAAAACUUCAAACAAUGGAAAAAUUUCUUCAAUAUGUGUUUAUAAAGACGAAAGUGGUUUAUUCAGUGUUUCAAAUCAAAUCAAAGAUAACUCUCAAGCGAAAAAACAAUCUUUUUUAAGAGAGAGAAAAAGAUCAACUUAUAUUGAAGAUGAGGAGGAAUUUCUUUAUUCUACUACAUCUGAAGAAACUUAUGAAGAACUCUCGCGAAGAAACUCAUUCAGUUCUUCAAAUAAUGCUAGUAUGUUUCCAAUUGUUGCAACAUAUUGGUGCUUGGUAUGUACAGAGUAUGGAAGACUUGAAAUAUACGCUUUACCAAGUUUUAACUUGGUGUUCAACUCAAAUAACUUUUAUGAUGCACCUAAAAUUUUAGUUGACAGCACGGUGAACAACUCCAUAACAGAUGAGCCAUACAACCAAGUUAAAGAAAUACUAAUGGUUGGUGCUGGUUAUUUAAGACGUCGACCUUUUUUAUAUGCACUUAUUGAUCAAGAUCUUGUUGUUUAUGAAUGUUUCAGUAUGUGUAAACAAACUUUUUCUGGUCAUUUGGGUGUAAGGUUUAAAAAGAUGGAAAUGAAUGUUUUAAUGAGAGUCAAAGAAGAAGCUAAACUGGCUGAGAUGGCAAAUCCAGUAAAAGAAAAAAUAAAGGCCCCUUUGUUGCGUGAAGUAAAUAAUGUUGCAUCAUAUGACUCUGGUGUGUUUGUUUGUGGUGCUUAUCCUCAUUGGUUUUUUACUACUUUCCGUGGAGAAAUACAUGUGCACCCAUUGUCUAUUGAUGGUCCAAUAACUAUGUUCGCUCCAUUUAAUAAUGUUAAUUGCCCUAAAGGAUUUCUUUAUUUCAACAAAAUUGGAGAACUGCGUAUUGCUGUGCUUCCAUCUCACCUAAACUAUGAUUCACCAUGGCCAGUCCGAAAAGUACCAUUAAGAAUGACACCCUAUGAAAUAGCAUAUCUUCCUGAUGCAAAGGUAUAUGCAGUAGCAUCGUCUUAUACUGAAAACCAAAAGAAAUUACCUCGUUUUCAUACAGAGGAGAGAGAAUUUGAUACAGUAGAAAGAGAGCCAAGAUAUAUUUAUCCACAGAUUGAAAGAUUUGUAGUGAGCCUAAUAUCUCCUACCAGUUGGGAAACUGUUCCAAACUCAAGAACAGUGCUUCAAGAAUUUGAGCAUGUCACUUGUAUGAAAGUUUUGCUUUUACAUUCUGAAUUAGUUGAUAUUGGUUUAAAACAAUACCUGGUGGUUGGUACAACAUUUAAUUAUGGUGAAGAUCUUGCUUGCAAGGGAAGGAUUCUUAUAUUUGAUGUGUUAGAAGUUGUCCCGGAGCCUGGCCAACCUCUUACUAAAACUAAAUGCAAGUGUGUGUAUGAUAAGGAACAAAAAGGACCAGUUACAGCUAUUUGUGCAACUAGUGGAUAUAUUAUUGCUGCAGUUGGUCAGAAGAUUUAUGCAUUUAAAUAUAAAGACAAUGAUUUAGUUGGGGUAGCUUUUGUUGAUUCCCAAGUAUUCACUGUAAAUCUAAUGGCGAUACGAAAUGUUAUUGUAGCUGCUGACAUAUCUAGAAGUAUAUCAUUAGUUCGUUUUCAGGUGGAACAUAAAUCUUUGGCAUUAGUUAGCAGGGAUACAAAAACUUUAGAAGCAUACACAUCUGAGUUUUUUAUUGAUGGUUCUCAAGUAGGAUUUGUAGUUUCUGAUGCUGAACGAAAUAUUGUUAUAUUUUCAUACCAACCAGAAGCACUUGAAAGUUUUGGUGGUCAUAGACUUUUGCAAAAAGCAGAUAUCAACAUAGGAUCUCAUGUAAACACAAUGAUGCGUAUAAAACUUAUACAAGAUGAGCAAAGUUUAAGCAAAAGUUCUGAACAACGUCAACUUAUUAUUUUGCCUACAUUAGAUGGCAGCAUUGGCAUUCUCUUUCCAUUAUCGGAAAAACCAUUUCGUAGGUUGACUAUGCUUCAAAAUAAGUUAGUUGAUUGUUUACCUCACAAAGCAGGUUUGAACCCAAGAGCAUUCAGGGCAUUAGAUGUACCUCUUCGCACUCUCACAAAUCCACAUAGAAAUAUUUUAGAUGGACAGUUAUUAGAUAAAUAUGCUCAACUUAGUUUUCAAGAACGGUUCGACAUUGCGAAGAAAAUGGGAACAACUUCUGGACAGAUAUUGGAUGACAUGAUGGAUAUUGAGCGAGCUUCAAAUCAUUUAUAAAAAAAAUUGAUGGUUAUAAAAUAACCAAGAGCUCUAAUGCAUUUGCGAUAUCACAAAGCAUUUGCGAUUUCACAAAGCAUUUGCGAUAUCACAAAGCAUUUGCGAUAUCACAAAGCAUUUGCGAUAUCACAAAGCAUUUGCGAUAUCACAAAUUUCUGCUAUGUAAAUAUUUUCAAAAACUUAAUAAAAAAGAAAUUUUUUUU